ACAUGCUUCCUCAACAGAGAUGAGCUCCACGUGCUUUUGCUGAAAAAUUCGAAGGAAAGCGUCUAUAGUUGCGAUCUUCAGGAGUUUUCUCCAACAAUGGCAGACGAGAAACCAGCCUCAGAAAUCAAGAUUGGAAAAGAGCUAAACCAAGGUAAAACCAAGAUCAUCUAUGAAUUACCAGACUCACCAGAUGGUAAUCAUGUGCUACUGAAAUCAAAGGACAAAAUCACGGCAUUCGAUAGCACAAGAAAAAGCGACUUAGCUGGCAAGGCAAAAUUCAGCACUGUCACUACAUCUGCUAUCUUUGAGCUGCUUAGCACCUGUGGCAUCAAGACCCAUUUUGUGAAGAAGCACAAUGAUGAAGCCUUCAUUGGGAUUAACUGUGAUAUGAUCCCACUUGAAGUGGUGACUCGCCGUAUUGCCACAGGUUCUUUCCUGAAGAGGUACCCUGGGGUCAAGGAAGGAUACAGAUUUGCUCCUGUCAAGUUGGAAAUGUUUUUUAAAGAUGACGCUCAGCACGAUCCAUUUUGGACAUAUGAGGAGUGCGUGGAGGCAGAACUCACUGCAGGUGGAAGGAAGAUUGGCAAACAUGAGCUGAAUGUGAUGGGUGAAACGGCUGUCACUGUCUUUGAAAUCAUUGAAAGAGCCUGGGCAACUGUAGAUGUAGCUCUAGUUGACAUGAAGAUUGAGUUUGGGAUCGAUCGCAAGACAGGUGAUCUUCUUCUUGCUGAUGUCAUAGACAAUGACUCCUGGAGGAUUUGGCCAUCUGGUGACAAGCGUCUUAUGCGAGACAAGCAAGUGUACAGAAAUCUACCUGAGGUGACACCAGAAGCACUGGAACAGGUCAAAAAGAAUUACCAAUGGGUUGCGGGUGAAGUGCAGAAACUUAACCAACAUCAUCCAGGGCAUGCUGUCAUUUUCAUGGGCUCCCCAAGUGACGUGGACCAUUGUAAGAAGAUCGAGUCAUCGCUAAAGGAAUUUGGCAUUCCCACUGAUCUUCGCAUCUGCUCUGCACAUAAGGGUACUGAAGAUGCCCUGCAAGUCCUGCAGUGGUAUGAAGGUCAGGGCAUCCCAGUUGUCAUCAUUGCAGUUGCUGGACGUAGUAAUGGCCUUGGACCGGUUUUGUCUGGCAAUUCAGCAUUCCCAGUGAUCAACUGUCCACCACCAUCGUCCCAGUGGGGUGCACAGGACAUCUGGUCUUCUCUACGCCUGCCCUCUGGUUUGGGUUGUACCACUGCUCUCAAUCCUGAUGGUGCAGCAUUAGCCACUGCGCAGAUCUUGGGCCUCAGUGAUCAUGUAGUCUGGGGAAUUGUUAAGGGCAAGCAGCUGAACACAGCUGUGGGUCUUGCUGUGGCUGAUAAAAAGUUGCAUCAAUAGAAACAAUAACAAUCUCACCAUUAUGCUCUAAACUGUUUUUCACACAGUACUAUAGAAAAGCCCAUACACUUCUUAGGUCUAAAUAUAAAUCACUGGAACUUUGCUAAUGUUAGUGAAUGCCAGUAUUAAGCAAGGGGAAAUCAAUUCCCUUCCUAUGUUUAAGCAGUAAGUUUUGUGUGCUUUCUUUGCACUGAGGGUGGGGUACUAAAGGUAACAAGUAGAACCCAAGGCCUUCUGUCAGUAAAAACUGAAAAGUAUUUGUGACGUUCUUUGUUGAUUCUCGGUGGGUAAACUGCUAAAUCAUUGCUAAAGCCAACUAUUAAAGAGUGUGUUGAAGGCUUUUGAUAUCAUUAAACAAACAUUUAUGAGCCAUGUGACUGAUUCUUAGUAUGGAAGUACUUUAAGUCCUUAUCAGAAGAUGUGUUGUUCAUCCAAUAAAAUUUCAUGAACCUAUAAAUCAA